AUGUCUUUCUCGAACCGGCGUCCAGCACCUCUCAACGCGACCUCUUUCCCACCUCCUCCCAAUGGACAGGACUACCCACCACCACCCGCAACAGCAGGCUUCUUCCCUCCACCCCCGUCGUCUCCACCACCAACCCAGGGCUACGAUGCCUACGGAUACCCAUCUCCCACCAUGCAGCAUCCUCAGGCUCAAAGGACCGCCUCAUAUGGCUCGGUACCACAGUCAGCUCCUGCCUUCCAAACCUCCUUCACUCCACAGCAGUUAAGUGCUCCGGCUGCUCCAGAUCAGUCAGGCACGCCAGACAAGCAGAGUAGACGCAAGAUGUUCGCAGCAGGCCUGAACCACAUCACCGAAGAGAUGGGAAGCGUCAUGAAGUCGCCCGAGGUCAGGGCCUCAUCCUCAGAUGGUAUUGCUGUGUCAGGAGUUGCUGCUGGUCAGUUCUCAGGCGUAAAGAGCACUUCAUCGGACGAUGUAGGCACCUUCAACGGCGGCUCCUACCGUGUAUCUCACCGAGACACAAACUCGAUCGUGACACUGCAGCUUGCUGUGGGCUGUCCGAUACAGGUCAAGCCAGGUGCUAUGAUUGCCAUGAGCCACAGUGUGACAGUAAAGGGAAAUGUGAAAUUCAGCAUGAAAAAGUAUUUGGUAGGGGGAGAUAUAGUUCAUUCAACCUUCACCGGUCCGGGCGAAGUACUCCUAGCACCUCCAUAUCUAGGCGACAUUCACCUCCUGAAACUUUCGGGCGACGAGGUAUGGUCUGUCGGCAAAGACGCUUUCCUUGCUUGCACACAGGGCGUGAUAAAAGAGUACAAAUCUCAAUCCUUCUCGAAAGCCAUGUUCUCAGGCGAAGGUCUGUUCGUGUACAAAAUAUCUGGACAAGGCAUCAUGUGGCUGAGCAGCUUUGGCGCAAUCAUCCGGAAAGACUUGGUCGAAGGCGAACGAUACAUCAUCGAUAAUGGCCACCUUGUGGCCUGGACAGCUAAGUACGUGCUUGAACGAGUUGCAAGCGGUGGUAUUAUUUCUGGUAUGUCCAGUGGCGAAGGUCUGGCGUGUAAGUUUACUGGUCCUGGCACGGUCCUGAUGCAAACACGAAACGCAACAGCUUUCCAGGCAUUCAUGAAUGGUCAGAGAACAGAGAUGUAA